AUGAGCUCUGUAGCUUCCCCAGCAGGGCCAUCGCGCCAUCGGCGGAAACAUACAGCGGAGAAUUGGGAUGAUGACUUUGAAUUCGCCCUUCCUUCACGCCCGACCCGGCCGACUCCAUCCCCCUCGACAUCUACCGUCAUCGCCUCAUCAUCCUCACGACAUCUGAGCGAGGAGUCUGGCGAGUCCAAGGCGAACCGUCCCGCCGAGAAUACACGCGGAGCGAGCCGGUUAAUGGGGACGACGAGCAAGGCGAAGGAGCCGGAGGAAGAAGAGGAUUGGGAUACUGGCGGAGCCUGGGACGAGGGAGGGCUAGCUCCCUCACCCCGAGCCUCUAUACAGGUUAGAAGGGGGUCAAGAGGUCCCGCCCCCCUCUCGAUACCUACGAGCUCGAGCUCCAAGGGGAUCAAAACGCUAGGUCCACCUCGAUCCUCCUCGUCGUCAACAUCCCCUCUGGCGUCACCGACACCAUUCCUCUCCCCUCCACAGUCCAGCUUGCUCUCGUCUGGCCACCCUUACGUCGAGGCUACACGGAGCGCCUCUCACAAUAGACGGUCCAUGAUAGCGGAGUCAAGCCGAGAUGCCCGUACAAAGCCCAUGAAGCGCCAUCCUUCAACAUCAUUCAUACCUGCCCAAACAACUGCUACCGUCGCUGUCUCGCACGAGUCCUCAUCCUCCCUUUGGCAGCGCUUCAAUCGCUCUUCACCAAACCUCCCUCCCACUCACAUGCCGGACUCGCCCAAACCGACCUCGUCGCGCUUUACGAAUCGGGAGCUGCGGCACAUGAAGUCUGGAGAGAUCAUGCCCCCUCCUCCGAUCCCAUUGCCGUCUUUGAUCCGACGGAAGAGCAAGAAGGAGAAGGACGAGGCAAGAAAGUCACAGAUCAGAGAAAGUCAGGUCCCAUUCUCGCCGAGUAUGGAGCAGUUGAAGGAGAUGGAGGGGAAGCGGGGGUUUUGGAAGCGGUUAAGCGGGAAUGCAGCUGGGAUAGGAAAGGGCUCUCCUACAUCUAGCAUCCAGGAACGCCGUCGUCGAUCAUCAUCGGUUGGUUCUCGUUCGCCGACCAAGCCACACCUAUCCCCCUCACCUUAUCCUCCACUUCCACCACCCCCGGGCAACGUCCGUUCCCCCAGCGCCGCCUCGACUACAUCAGCUACAUCUACCACUUCCGCGUCCUCCCAGCUGAAAACGACCGGACUCGCCGGUAUCCUCCGUCGGUCAACGAGUAGCCUCAUCCGGAAUUCCCCCAAGAACGACCGGCGCGAUGGCGGUACCCCUCCCAGCUCCUACACACCACCUGCACCUCUUCCUAACCCGCCUAUGCCCAUACCGGUCCGUACCAGCAGUCGUACCAGCCAAAUGAGCAGCAACAACAGCGCCACAUUCGGCUCCGAGCUCGAAAGGCGAGGAAAACGGAACGCUUCCAUCUCUAGGGGAUACCAUCUCCCCUCACCGUCGUCCGGGUCGCCAUACCAGACGUCCGGCUCUGGCUACUUCAGUCCAGGGCAGGGUGACAUCCCUCCACUACCACACUCCACGUCAUACAAGUCGGUCCUAUCGGAUCGAUCUGGCGAGAGGCCUAGGCGUACACCAGGGGGAUCCAUCGCCAGUACGGACGAGUCGGACCUCGAGGGAGGGGACAUGGCGCAGGUGACUCCGAAGCGACAACGGAGAGUACGGCCUGCCGCAGCCCAGGAGGCUCUUGCCAAAGGAACGGGCUGGGGCGGGAAUGUAUGGACAGGGUUUCCAGCUUCAUCCGCUCUUGACUCUGCAUCCCCCACGAAACUCGCCCACCGACCUUUGCCUCCCUCUCGCUCGUCAUCCACCACAAAUGCUCGGAUCCCCUCAUCCCAAUCCGCUCAGCUCAGUCCGGACCCAGUUCCCACGCUCAACGUCAUGGAGGAGGACCUCGAGUCAUCUCGGACUUUCUCGACACUCCGCCGCCUGUCCAGCUUGUCAAAAAAGCAUGGUCGGCGGAUAUCCGGUGGAUGGAAGUUUGGGACGGGGAGCUCCGCGUCGACCAACUCGUCGAGUGAGGGAAGGGUCAAGCUCGAGACGGUAGUGGGGAGUCCUGUCAAGCAGGCUAGGGUUGUGGCGGACGAGCUCAGCCCGGAUGGAGCUGCGGGUCCAGAGGAAGAUGGGGAGAGCCGAGGAAUCGAGACGGGCGGAUUGGGGCUGGAGGCACCUGGCGGCCCCGAAAAGCCAGAUCGCUAUGUCCGAGGCGGAUCUGUCUCUGCGCCAAACUCGAUCUUGAAGCCGCCUACCCAAAGCGCGCGCGACCUCAAUGCGGAAUGGGACAAGCUGGCCACUGGGGCAGCUCCGGCGGGUCUACCACUCAACUCGGCCUCGACGCAAGCGAUACGGCUCGGAGGAAGCAGCAAGGCGGACAAGGAGCGGCGCAGGCAGAGCUGGAACGACUUUGUGAUUCCCAAGAAUGUGUUGGAGAAGCAAAAGGAGGUGCGGAGGGGGAUUGAGGGUGUGAAGCGAUUUGCAGGCGGUGUAGAGAGUCUCAAGACCCUCCUCGCCACCCAUGCGGCUUUAUUCGACCGCCUAUCAGCUUCUUCUGAUGAUGAUAUUAUCGCCUUUUCCGAGCUCGACCGAGAGUUUGGUCAAUGGUGGGAGAUGGCCACCGUCCUCAUCGAGGUCGGCUCGACCGGUCAGACCUCCAUGUCGCCCGAGGCCGAGUCGCCCAAGCGGUCCCGCCGAGUCACGCUCGCGUCGGACGAAGCCAAGAUUGCCGCGGAUAGGAUGCGUCGAUCCCAGUCGACACCUCAUCAUCCCCCCUACAUCUCUCCGCCCCCUAUCCUACCCCUAGGCACCUCUCCAGGUGUAAAGAAGGAGGCUCGCAAGAUCAGCUUGCCAGACCCGCAGGAUGCCAAUCCGGCCCUCCUCGGCGGACCCCCUCGCGCCAGUCCGGACCUAUGGCGGGCGAGCACCGGCCGGCAGGAGCUCAGUAAGCGCCAGCUCGAGGUGCUUCGGACGAUGCUCCGGACUCCGGUCAGCGAUUCGUCGGUCCCCUCGUCGCGGAGCGACGGGCUGAGGGGAAUGAGCACUAUCUCCGCCUCGUCCACCACGGCGUCCGUUGUCGGGAAGGCGAAAGAAGAGGGCAGAGAUGUACGACAGGUCUUUCGCCCCUCCAUCUCCCGGGCAUCCACCACGGAUAGUCGAGCCUCGGACUCUAGUGUCCACUUUGACUCGCCCGGUCCCCUCCAGCGAGUCAAGUCAAGCGCAAGUCGGACCUCAUCGACCGGUACACCUGCACCUCGAGGCGCAGAGAUGUUCCCCAGUCCAAACGACUCAGCGUAUAUCGUCCCCUCCCAAUCGUUCCCUUCACCCAUCACCGCGUCGACGCUGGCGUACGGCUAUCCCUCUCGGCCAGGUGCGGGCGAUCCGAGCAAGAUGCGUCGAGGGAGCAAAGUGGGCUUGGCGGGUCUGAAGGACUUCCUCAAAGGUCUGAAAAGCAAGGAGUCGAAGAAGGAUCUGAGGGGACCACCGGUCACUCAGGCUCCACCCGGUCGGCCACUUCGAUCCAUACCGCCUCCCAUCCAUCCGGGUCUUCCUCGUCCUGCCAACGCCGGUAACGGUCUGCCACUCUCUCCCACCUCCCCUUCCGCGACACCCAAAUACCCAUUUGCAUGGCGACACGGUCCCACACCGAGUAUUCCAGACCUCCAGCAGGCGUCUCUCUACCCCGCUACCCCUCCGCCAUCGGACAGCAGGCGCGCCAGUGGCAGUCAGAGCAUCAAUGCGUCUCUGCCAUCACCGACGCGCACGCCCACUCGGCCGACCGCAGCUGGACCGCCUGUAUCAGGGAAAGAGCGCAAGCGACCCGGACUGCGGGGCAUCUUCCGCGCUGGAUCGGGGAGCUGGAGCGAUCUCGUACGAGAGGGGGAUAAGCGGGGAGGAGGAAGCAGGGAGAGCGUCGUUGUCGCCCCGACUGCCGGAUACCCUCGGGUCGGGUCGGGCGGGUCGACAGAAUCUGCGCCUGCCCCACUUCGUCAUUCGCCAUCCCUCGAGCAAUGUGGCGCGGGGAUGCGGUCAACGUCCGGACCUAGUCGGCUCACUGUCACUUCCUCCAAGGCGCCAGCAGAGAUGGGUGGUCAGGUCGAGGACGAGACAAUGAUGACUGUCCGCCCGCAGCGCAAGUCUCGAAUCAUGGGUCUAGGAUGGCCAGAGGAGGCGGCAGCGGCGAGGGAGAUGGGUCGGCUAGGGUCAGAUGCUUCGUUUGCCUCAGGGGCGAGCGGGGAUCCGGUCUUUGUAGCAAGGGGUGUGGAAGGGAGAGUGGCGAGUCAGGGAAGCGAGCUGGAGGGGGAGGAAGAAUCUAUCGCGUUGACGCCGGAGAGUCUGCCGGUACUGCUGGAGUAUCUGAGGCAGUGUGAGGGGAAGUUAGGAGAGUGGCGGGAGAGGGUGAGGGUCUUGGAGGGGAGGUAG